UCUGCAGCAAGCAAUCUUCAACCCCAUCCAUUCAAGACACUGCUCGCCGGGUUCGGCCGCUCCCUGCGGACAGCCUGCUUUUUGUCCGCUUAUCCGUCCCACUUCAACCCACGAGGCUGGAUCUUCGUUGUCCCAACCAUCUACUUGCGCCAGCACUCCCUACCUCAUAACUCUAUCCGCACAUGAUGAGUCAAGCCAACGUGGUUGAACAGCUUCGGGCUGCGCUUGAGAAGAGUGAACGAGAAAAACGCGCCUUGAUGGAGAAACUCAGCAGGGCGCAGCCUUAUCCCACACCCACGGCAACAGCUGUCGAGGCCAGCCGCGGCAACUGCCCAGUGCCAUCGUCAUCACGCCCUCAGAUCGCCAACAAUGGCCGCUCAAGUAGCAACAGGAUGCCCCAGAGUGCCACAAACGACACUCGGCCUCAAUCCACCCAUGUCUCGCAGGACCAGAGCCGCCCCAUGAAGCGCUCAAAGACCACACAUGCAACGGGGUCCUCUUCGAUAGCGCCCAUGAUGCGUUCAAGAUCGAGCGUUGCCCGCCCCGGACCCAACCCAAAUCCAUUCGCCCGGAGUGCAGGUCCCAUCGCGCCUCCAACCAUGCAGAACAGUCUCCCGGCCACAGUCCCCAGCACCCUGGGUGAUUAUCUCCACCAAACCCAGUCACAAUAUCUCACGAAUGCCUUCGCCCCGGGCGCCAGCCUCAUGGAUGGCACGUCACCGCACGGAGGGGCUGGGCGGGAGAUGGGCGUGGACGAGUUCCUCCGGAUGCAUGACGACUCCAUGCUUCACACUAUAUCUCCCAUCAACAUCCCUCCGUCCAGUCUCCUCUCACCUCAGGAGCCCGACCAUUACCCAAGCUCAAGUUUUCCCUCCGCUUACGGAUCUCUAACCUCGGGCCCGACGAUAGAAACAGCCCCCAUGUCUCGGCGGAACAGCUCGAUGAACGAGGUCUCGGGCCAGUUCAGCGAGAUGGUACGGAUCCAGUCGCAACAGUCGGCGGGGAGCUAUCGUCCCAGCCCCAUCGCCGUCAAUCCACCGUUGUUGGGGAAGCGCGCCUCGGAGGACUCGGGCGUCAUCGUCAUGCAGGGGGGCUCGUUCUCAUACGCGUACCCGUCUUCUGCCCCCAUGCAAUCCCCCCUCUCACAACAUCAACACGCCAUGGAGCCAUCGCUAUCGCAGUCCAGUAUCCAAUCCGCCUCGUCGGUUGACGUAUCCCCGCACGAGAACGGCUCUUUCCUCACCCAACACCUCUCCAUGGAACGUUCGGUAUCCAGGGAUAGCAUCAAGUCCAACUCAUCCUUGAAAUUCCGAGCCAAGGAAGCGCUUGCUCGCCAGAACUACGCGGCCAAGUCCCGCCACCUCCAGCCAAAACCAGCCGCGGGAGUGGUCAAGCAGGAGGCCGCUGACCAGGUCAACAACGCAAAGGACGGAAAGGCCGCCAUCGCCAAGACCAAGUACGAGCGCCCCAAGCAUCCCAAGGUGCUGUGCAACCAGUGCAACGAGCAUCCCGAGGGUUUCCGAGGCGAGCAUGAGCUUCGCCGCCAUACCGAGGCCAAGCACAAAAGCAUGGUCAAGAAGUGGAUCUGCCGCGACCCCAACCUCUACGGCAUCCCGCACUCCGAGACAGCCGUCAAGCCACUCAAGGACUGCAAACAGUGCUCGCAGAACAAGCAUUAUGGCGCCUACUACAACGCCGCCGCGCAUCUCCGCCGCACCCACUUCAAGGUCAAAGCCCGCAAGGGCGCAGCCGGCAAGAACGGGCAUGUCAAGGUCGAGGAGGAGAAGGAGAAGCGAGGAGGGAAAGGCGGCGGUGACUGGCCUGCCAUGAGCGAGCUUAAACAGUGGAUGGUCGAGGUUACUGUUCCUAUGGACCAAGCCGGCGCUCUGAUGCCCGACGGGACGGAGUCGGUAGGGGCCGUGGAACCCGAGGACUUCGAAAACGAGUUUGCCGACUCCCACGGACUUCCCAUGCAGAUGGCUGCCGAGGACUACGGCAUGUCCACCUUUGCCGGCGUCGGAGAAGGGUUCGGCCAAGCAAUCAACCUGCACGGCGCGUCGUUCCAAGGCGACCUGGACUCUCAGCUGUCCGAUAUGUACCGUCUCAACAACCCCGUCUUCUCCGCGUCGUCAAUGCAAGGGGUUCCCAUCUCGUCCGCGGGUUUCGACUACCGAAACGCGGAGGCGAGCACCCAACAAAGCAUGGCGGCGUCGUUGAUGAGCCUCGACAGCCACGGCUACACUUCGCCUGUUUCCUCUACUGCGACCAUCACGCAGGCCGGCACAUACAUGGACCAACUCCUCCCGUCGACAACCUUGCAGGGGUCGCGCGAUGACCUGGCCGACUUGCCGUUCGACCUCACAUUCGCGACGAUGGAGCAGUAGAUGCUUCUGCAGCUACCUCCGCCAUCUCUUUCACAUCCAUCGCCAUCUUGGCGUGAAUCAUCUCCUGAUAUCCCCGUCUUUCUUAUUGUUUGUCUCACACACCACGGCAUGAUUUAAAAAAGAUAUAUCUCAUCGUUUC